UUUUUUUGUUCAUUCAUUUCCUCCAUUCACUUUUUAUUUUUUAUUUUUUUCUUUAUAACUAUCCUAAACCACCGCCACAACUUUUUUUUUUGUCUUCUACUAUAACAUCACUACACCAUGGACACUGACGACUAUCAACAACAACUUCAACAUCAGCAAUAUAUGAUGCACCUACAACGUCAACAGCAGCAGCAACAGGAACGACUACAACAACAACAGGUUGCUGCUAAUUCACCCACGCGCGAAUUUACAGUUGUAGCCAUUGGCAAGAGUGGUGAAGGCAAAAGUACACUUUUAAACUCAAUCUUGGGUCGAGAAAUGUUCCUGGCCAAGGCAUCUGUCAAAGAAGUAACACAGAGGGUCGAUCAGGCCACCAACCAUUUCUUGAAUAUCUCCUCCAACCCUGUGAUGCAUUGUAUCGACACACCGUCAUUUAAUGGACAACUACACGACCCAGAACGUAUCAAUGAGAUUGGUGCAUUGCUGACAAGAGUUGCAGCGGGCGUGGAUGCAUUCCUCUUCGUCGUCAAGUGCACUCACUAUCGAUAUGACAACACGUUCCAUCAGACAUUACAAACGUAUCAGAGCCUACUCACACCUGCAUUUUGGCCUAAAGUGAUUCUUGUUUUUACACACGCUACACCAGAGCUGGUCUCCAACACCACAGAGUCACGGUUACCUUUGAUGGCAUGGGCACGAGAGAUUCAAGAAAGCUUUAAGCUGGAGGCACCACCACUAACAGUCUUUGCAAUGGACUAUGUUCGAUUUCCAUACCCUGCUGGCGGAGCACAGGAGUUUUGGGAGGCAUUGAUGACACUAGAUGCCAAUACAACACCAUAUCGACACACACCUUUUCUCGAGAGCUUUGGCAAUGGAAUUGCAGUGGAAGGAUAUGUACAGCGGAUCAAGGGUCAUCUUGCGCUGUUUGAACCAAGUUUCUUUGAGGAACAAGCAGAAGGGCAGUAUAAUGAGAAUAAGAAGAGAGUGGGUCGGUUCAGUUUCUUUCGGAAGAGUAAGAGUGCUGUACCCAAGACAGCUAUAGGAGGGCCAUUGUCAGCAUCAUCAUCAACAGUGUCAACAGCUUCCGGAGCAUUGUCGUGAGAGCUUUUUUUAUUUUAUUUUAUUUUUCUUGAAUAGGAUCUUUGGUGAUCAUUGUAAUAACAUUGAUGUAAAAUAAAAUAAAAAAGCUUUUUUUUGUAAUGC